AUGAGCACAUCACGGAACAAGGCUGUGUUGGUAGGCGUGAGCGGUGUGUCCUCGUCAGGAAAGACGACGCUCGCGCGACUGCUAAGGGACAUCAUUCCAAACACAUUCAUUUUGCACGAAGACGACUUCUACAAGACAGAUCAGGAGAUACCUGUCAACGAGGCCGGUGUGCAAGAUUGGGAUUGUCUCGGCUCACUCGACCUGGAAGCGCUUGAAAAAGCUCUUGACUUUAUCAAAACCCAUGGACAUUUGCCGUCCAAUCUAGAGUCCAAGGAGGACAAGAACGCGGUGGGUGAAUCGAAGGUGGAUAGGCAGAGGGUGGCAGAACUCAAGGAAGAAGCAAACAAAUCACUGGACGCAAAGGCUAGUGUGCCAGUCUUUAUCAUCGACGGGUUUCUGCUCUUCUCUCAAGAGAUGCAACAUAUCCGGGAAUUAUUCGACGUCAAACUCUUCCUCCGAGCGAAUCACAAGACGGUGAAGCAGAGACGAGAGGCCAGAUCAGGCUAUGUCACAUUGGAAGGGUUCUGGGAGGAUCCGCCUGGUUACGUCGACUCUGUGGUUUGGGCAAACUACGUCAAGGACCAUGCCUUUUUGUUCGAGGAGGGAGACGUGGAGGGAAAGUUGAAAGAUGACGUUUGUCAGGAACUGAACAUCGACACGGCACCGCUGGCUGUACAGGGGAACAUGACUGCAUGUGUGGACUGGGCUUAUGGAAAAAUAACAGAUCAUCUAUUGAAGAGGACAGCGAAGUGA